AUGUCAACAGACCCUGAGAAGUCUAAUACACAAGCAGUGGUUGCUAGUAUAAAUGAUUCAAAUGAUCACAAGGAUUCCAUAACAGAUUCUUUACCUUCAUACAAAUUUUUCCAAUCUGCUAAAGGUGAAUUAUCAAAUUAUGAUUCAACAGAUAUAGUUCUUCGUACGAAGAUUAACUUAAUCAAUGAUGCAUUAGAUGAGAUUGGAUUUACAUGGUAUCAUUUUAAAUUAUAUUGUUUAAAUGGGAUGGGUUACGCUGUGGAUUCAGAAUUAACAUUUAUUCAAUCUUCAGUUGCACAAUAUGUUAGAUAUCAAUUCAAUCAAACUUAUCCAGCAGAUUCUCAUGCUAUUUAUGCUGGUCUUUUAGUUGGUGCUAUAUUUUGGGGAUUUGGUGCAGAUUUAAUUGGUAGAAAAAUUGCAUUCAACACUUCAUUAUUAUUAAGUGCUAUAUUUGCUAUAUUAACUGGUGCAAUGGGGAAUUUUGCAACUUAUUGUCUUUUCGUUGCAUUUUCUGCAGCUGCUUCUGGUGGGAAUCUUGUUUUAGAUACUACAGUUUUUUUAGAAUUUUUACCAAGUAAAUAUCAAUGGUUAGUUACUUUAAUGGCUUCAUGGUGGGGUGUUGGUCAAACUAUUGCUGUUUUAACUACAUGGUUAUUUUUCAGUCAUGAUGAAUAUAUUUGUUCUGGUGGGUUAGGGGAUUGUCCUUCUGGUGAAAAUAUGGGUUGGAGAUAUGUUUGGUUUGUUAAUGGUGGAUUUGUAUUAAUUGUAGCUAUUUUAAGAUUAACAAUUAUUAAAUUAGAAGAAACUCCUAAAUUUUUGGUUUGUAAUCAAAGAGAUGAAGAAGCUGUUUUAUGUUUACAAAAAAUUGCAAAUAAAUAUAAUAGAUCAUGUUCAUUAACUGUGGAACAACUACAAGAAUGUGGUCAAAUUACAGGUAAUGAAAAUUUCUUAUCAAAUCCAACAUUUAUGUCAACUAUUAAAUCAAUUAAAAAGCAUAUCAAAGUACUUUUUUCAAAUAAAUUAAUGGCACUUUCAACUUCAUUAUUAUUUUCAAAAUGGACUUUAUUAGGUAUUUCAUAUCCAUUAUAUUCAAAUUUCUUACCAAUUUACCUUGCUACAAGAGGUGCAAAUACAUCAGCAGAUUCUACUGCAGGUGUUUAUAGAGAUUCUGUCAUAUCAAACGCAUCAUCAAUAGGAGGUGGAUUAAUCGGUGGUGCCAUAUUAUAUCUAGUACCAGUUCUUGGUAGGAAAGGUGUUAUGAUUAUUGGUGGAUUAAUUUCAAUGGCUUUAUUCUUUGGUUAUACAGCUGUACGUACAAGAUCACAAAAUGUUGCAUUAUCAAGUUCAGUUUAUGUUGCUAUAAAUAUUUAUUAUUCUUGUCUUUAUGCUUAUACACCUGAAGUUAUGCCAUCAAGUGCUCGUGCCACUGGGAAUGCUAUUUCUGUUGCAUGUAUGAGAGGUAUGGCUUGUAUUGUACCUGCUAUUGCUUAUUUUAGUGAUACUUCUUCAAGUAUACCUGUUUGGAUUUGUGGUGCUUGUGUUGGAUUGAUUAGUAUUUGUUCAAUUUUCUUACCUUUUGAACCAUCAAAGCAAAGAGUUGCUUAA